AUGUAUCUAUCUAUAUUAGUCUGUUUAUAUCUAUCUAUUUUAGCCUGUUUAUAUCUAUCUAUUGUACCUGUUUAUAUAUAUCUAUCUAUCUAUCUAUCUAUCUAUCUAUUUUUCUACCGAUCUAUCUAUUUUAUCUGUUCAUAUCUAUCUAUUUCAGUCCCUUCAUAUCUAUCUAUUUUAGUCCUUUCGUAUGUAUCUAUCUAUAUUUGUCUGUUCAUAUCUAUCUAUUUUAGCCUCCUGUUUAUAUCUAUCUAUCUAUCUAUCUUUCAAUCGAUCUAUCUUUCUAUCUAUUUUAGUCUAUUCAUAUCUAUUUUAGUCCGUUCAUAUCUAUCUAUCUAUUUUAGCCUGUUCAUAUCUAUCUUUCUGUCUAUCUAUCUAUUUUUCUACCGAUCUAUCUAUUUUAUCGGCUUAUACCUAUCGACCUACCUAUCUUUCUUUCUAUCGACUUAUCUAUCUUUCUUUCUGUCUAUUUGUCUAUCUAUCGAGGACUCUCCUGUCGAUUUCGACCUACAAUUUCGUCUUCUUUAUACUUUUUCAUCCUUUUUUCCGUUAGUUUCGUCUCCCUUGUAUUUUUCAUCUUUUUUUUCUGUUAGUUUCGUCUAUCUUACACAUUUUUCAUACUUUUUUCCAUUAGUUUUGUCUCCUUUAUACUUUUCUAUCCCUUUUUCCGUUAACUUCGUCUCCCUUAUACUUUUCACCCUUUUUCCGUUAGUUUCGUCUCCCUUAUACUUUAUCCUUUUUUCCAUUAUUUCCUCUUAUAUUUUUUCAGCGUUUUUUCCGUUAGUUUCGUCUCUUUUAUACUUUUCAUCUUUUUUUCCGUUAUUUUCGUCUCUCUUAUACAUUUUCAUCCUUUUUCCGUUAGUUUCGUCUCCCUUUUAUUUUUCAUCCUUUUUUUCUUUUCGUCUCCCUUAUACUUUUACAUCCUUUUUUCCUAAGGGUCGUCUCCUUUAUACCUUUUCAUCCUUUUUUCCAUUAGUUUCGUAUUCGUUUUACCUUUUUCAUCCUUUUUCCGUUAGUUUUGUCUCCCUUGUAUUUUUCAUCCUUUUUUUUCUGUUAGUUACGUCUGUUAUACAUUUUUCAUACUUUUUCCUUUCGUCUCCCUUGUACUUUUCAUCCUUUUUUCCAUUAGUUUCGUCUCCCUUAUUCUUUUUCAUCCUUUUUUUCCGUCAGUUUCGUCUUCUUUAUACUUUUUCAUCCUUUUUUCCGUUAGUUUUGUCUCCUUUAUACUUUUUCCUUCUCUUUUCCGUUAGUUUUGUCUCCUUUAUACUUCUUCCUUCUUUUUUUCCGUUAUUUCAUAUUGCUUACUUUUUUCAAUUCAUUUUUCUUUUCAUCAACCCUAUUUCUUUCCCUAUUUCCUUGGUUGCUUUUCUUCGCCUUCCUUUUUUUUUUUUUUUUUUUUUCAUUAUUUUCUUUUUCCUUUUCUUUUUUAAUUCUUUCUCCUUCCGUAUUCUCCUUCCUUACUUUUGUCCUCAUUGUCUUCUUCUACAUAUUUAUUCGUCCGUCCUAAUUUUUAUCUUCCCUUUCUUUUUUCAUUCUUUUUUUUUUUUUAAUUUUCAUCUUCGAUAUUAUUUUUUAUUCUUCUUUAUUUUCAUAUUUCCUCUUCCUUUUCUUUCUUUUUUUCUUUUUCCUUUCUUUUUUCUUUAUUUUCGUCAACCCUAUUCUUUUUAUUUUUGUCUUUCUUAUGCUUUUUUUCAUUUCUUUUUUCAUAAUUUUCUUCUUUAUGCUUUUUCAUUCUUUUCUGUUUACCCUCCAUUUCACUACUUUUCUGAUUUUUCUAUCUACUUCGUUAUUACUUCAUUUCUUUCUUCUUUUCCUCUCUUUUUUUUACUUCUUUCUCUUUUUCUCACGAUCACUUUCGUUUUUCUUCUUCAUUCUUCUUAUUUAGUAUUUUCUUUCUUCUGUUUAUUUCCUCUUUCAUCAUCUACCAUUUCAUUGCUUCGUUGUUGUUCUUCUUUGAAUUUUUCUUCCUCCCUGUUAAAUUCUCAUUCUUUCCAACUUAACUACCAUAUGUCCCCCUCCUCUUUCUUCUUCUUCUUCUUCACUUACAUUGUCAACGUCUGCUUCUUCUUCGUCUUAAGCUUCUUCUUCUUCUUCUUCGUCGUCUUCUUCUUUUUCUUCUUUUUAAUCAUCAUUAGCAUUAUUUUGCAACUUUCUUCCUAUUUCAACCGAUUCAUUUCAGCCCAUUUUUGCUUCUUUCGCUUUUCUUCCCGCUCUUUUCUCUUCCCGCGCACAACAAAACUUUUGGCGGCCAUGUUUUUUUCCUUUUUUAUUUUUCUUAUUAUUUUCCGUUUUUUAUUUGUUUGUUUUUGUGGCCUCUCUUCUUACAUCAGUUUGACUUCACGCACAAAUAUCAAAAAUGUCCAGCAAAUCUUCCCCGAGACAAUGUCACCGCCAACUCGUUUGUUAGUCAGCUUUAUAACGACGAAUGCGUUGAAAAUAUGA